AUGGCCAAUGAGAAUUGCUGGUUUUGUCAAGUGGUGUUGUGUAUGGAGUACGUGCAGGGCAUCAAGAUCAACGAUGUGGAGGCCAUCGAGAAGGCCGGGGUGGACCGCGCCUUGCUGGCCACCCGGACGGCCGAGUGCUACCUCGAGCAGCUCAUCCGCCACGGAUUCUUCCACUGCGACCCACAUCCAGGCAAGCGUCUGUUGACCGCGUAUUCCUGUCCGAAGAUUGCGUCACAGACUCCGUCCCCCGUAAUGCUUCGUUCUUCCGUUGCGGAAUCGUUCGUGCAUUUGUGUCGACACCACGGCGGUCGGCCUAUCGACGCGCGUCCUUCGCCGGGAAUCGGUCACGUACGUCAAACAGGGAACCUAGCGUGCGAUGCGGUGGACGGCGGUCGCAUCAUCUUCUACGACUUCGGCAUGAUGGACGAGCUCACGGUGCCGCUGAAGCGAUCGUUUUCAGACCUGAUCUUCGGCAUCUACGGCAACGACCUCAAGGAGGUCGUGGACUCUCUAGAGGAAAUGGACGUCAUCAGAAAGGGCGCGGACCGCAUGACGGUGGAGCGAGUAACUCGGUUCUACUUGGGAGAGUUCCAAACCACCCUCACCAAGGGGGGCAAGUACAUUAACCAGCUCGACCCCGAGGAGGAGAAGGCUCUCAUCAGGCGAGAGCGGGCGCAGAUCGGGCAGGACCUCUUCUCCGGGCAGGCGGCGGUGCCCCUUCAGUUCCCCGCGUCGUUCACGUUUGUCUUCAGGGCCUUCACCACCCUGGACGGCAUCGGCAAGACCUUGGAUGAGGGGUACGACCUCACCAAGAUCGCGGGCCCUUACCUGAAGGAGCUGCUUGAUUUGAAGGACGGGAACGCAUACGUGUCGUACUUGAAGGGCCUGCAGAAGAAGCUGGGGUGGCGAGGCCAAGACCUGGCGAGCGUGGUCCAGAGCCCGAGACGAGUCCAGCACGUGGAGAACGUGGUGACCAAGCUCGAGACCGGGGACCUAAAGCUCAGGGUUAGGGUGCUCGAGUCGGAGCAGGCGUUUGCGCGGAUCGAGGCCGUGCAGGGCAGCCUGAGCUCGGCGGUGAUGGCCACGCUCUUGCUCAACGCCGGGGUCUUGAUGGCGGGGCAGGCGACGGGGGCGGCCAAGUUGAGCUCGCGAGCGAUGUUUGUGCUCGCCGGGUUCUUCGGGAUCAAGAUUCCCAUCGGAUACUUGAAGCUCGGAACCAGCCAACGCUUCGUUGACUGCAUCGACAAACUUUCUGAUCGAUCUCAAACGCUAUACAUACACUUUCCAGAGCCAAUAUUGUUUGCUCGCCCCGUGUUGCAGCUCAACAAAGUCUGGCGGUUGAAUCGACAAGCGAGCACAUCGAAGGGCUUCCGUUAGCGUUGUAGCGAGGGGAGUUGUUUU